UCUCUGCACAACCGCGUCUCUACACUCGUCUUACCAUUACCUGUUGGUACCCGGAUUCAUUGCGCAGACUAUAUACGUAACCAACAGAAAGAUGGGAGUUGAUUGCGGUCGUUUUUGCCUGUGCCUGCGGAGAAUCCCGUACCUGUCGUUGCUAGCCGGAGUUAUUUUUGUAGCUGCGUCUAUUUUACUGGGAAUUAAAAUCCAGAAUGCGGCGGACGUUUAUCAAAAGAAGUUCAAUAUUUCGGACACAAGACUUACAGAAGAUGAGAGUAAAAUCAUUGAUUAUAUCGAAAAAGGAACACUCUACCUGAUCAUCGUGACGGCCGUGUUUGUUGCAAUUGGUAUUGUUGUCGCUUUCUUGGAGACUGGUCCGACACGACUUAAGUACUGCAUCGGCAAGUGGAAGAAAUGCUGUGGACUAUUCUGGACCGAUGUGUUGAUUGGUGCCACAUUUCUAAUGUUCUUGAUAUGGCUUGUCGUAGCUGCAACCGCUACCUUUGCCGCCGCUGCCGUCUUGAUGCUCAAACUCUACUGUGACGACAACAAAAACAUCAUCAACAUUGAUCUAAACGUGUAUGGUCCGGUGAUGGGGUUCGCCCAAGACACUGACCCCACAGAUGGUACCAGACUUUGCAAAUCGGCGAUUGAUCUCUGGAACGACAACCUGAUGUGUGGCUUAUGCAGUACAUACGCUAUCGUUAUCGCGCACGUGCUUUUCUUGGCAAGUCACGUGGCCAACCAUAGCUACCUGAAACUAAUGACGCCGACAGAGACGCUAGAGGGGUUAGAUGGAACUGCUAUGUCUAAAAUGUAAAUAGAGCCUAGAUGUCACUUUGACGCUACUUCCAAUGCGUAUUUGCAAAAAAAAGCCUCUUCUAUCGCAAGGUUUCGCGACGGCUUAUUUCGCAAAAUAUUGUGGCAUAAGGCUUCUUAUAUUGCAAUAUGUAUCGCAACAUAAGGCGUCUUAUAUCGCAACGUAUCGUGACAUAAGUUCUCUUAUAUCGCAAGGCAUCAGUAUAUCGACAAGGCCUCUAAAAUCGCAAUGUAUCGUGAAGAGCAAGGUAUCGUGGCAUAAUACUCUUCUAUAUCGCGACAUAAGGGGUCUUAUGUCACAAGAUCAUGACACAAGUCCACUUAUUUCACAAUGUAUCGCCUCAUAGGGCUUUUUCUAUCGCUGAAGCGCAGAAGUAUCGCGACAUAAGACCUCUUCUACUACUGUCCACGUUUAUUGUUUCUUUUUUUGGUGUACGUGUAAAUAUUGUUCGUCAAUUAACACAAGCGUGGGCCAUUUUUUGCACAGUUAUUUGCUAAUCUAUGAGAUGUGUUGUGUUUAUACUAUUUUGAAACAUCCGAUAGUAAUGGUUUUUUGUGAUCUUGGAAAAAGUAGAGCCACGGGACCAACCAACAUAUGUUUGGCUGGGAUUAUUCAAAAACAAGCUUGGACAUUUCAGGCACCUUACCUUCAACAGGCCUAAUAAUAAAAAUAAUAGUAACUUACGGUCUUAUAAUGUGACACAAACAUUGGUUUUUUGGUAUGGAACGCCAAAAGGGCAAUCGACUGUGUUUGAAAGUUUCCAUUUUGGCGUCCCAUACUUUAGGAAGAUUAAUUGACAAGAAUGGCCAUUAGUGAUAUAAGAGGAUCACUCUUAAGUAUUUGGUAUUUUUACUACUUAUGUCACUCAAACGAGUUAAGGUUCAGCCUUUCAAAUAGAUGCGUUCACACUAAGGACUUUUAUCUGUACACAUAAAGUCCUUGUUCACACUGCGAAGAAUAACGCACACUCCUAACAAGUAGACUAAUAACACUUUCUUAUUGUCGUUCUUGUGACGAAGUAAUAGAAUUAUGACAAUACAUAUAUAUAUACAUAUGUAUAGAUAUGUAUAUGUAUAUGCAGGUUUUUGACUAUUAAUUAGCAUUUUAAAUGUUUUAGAUUUUUACAUUUCUGAAAUUUUGAUAUUUUGAUUUUUUAAAUUCACAUUAACAAUACCGGUACUACAGAAUUUAAUUGAAAUUUUGAGCUUUACACAUACGCAAUGACGGAUUUCUAGCUGUUUGAAAUGCAACCAUUAAUUAUAGCGUUUGUCGUAGAGUCGUGAGACAGCAAUUGCACUCGAUGUCGAUAUAAAGAUCUGCAUAAGCAAACAAACCUGCACUGCAAGGCAGAUUUCAUGAUUCUCAUGAUUAUGUGUUUCCAUCUCAACUCAAUCACAAACACAAUCGAACAAAGAAAAAUCUACACCGGGCAAUUAAGUACAAUUCUUACUGUUCCUUACCAAUUUGCAGAUCAUAACAGACGGCAUAGUGCGCCAUAGUUAAUUGCAGUUUCUGUGCGUGUCAGCACGCACCGUCACGCGGUACUAUGUAUCUUCACUAUGAUGAAUCGGGUUACAAACCGUGUGCAUCAUUUUUAAUUGUAAUAAUUAUAUAAAUAUUGUGCCAUAGAAUAAGAAAAAAUAUUAAACGUUAAAAAUAUAAUGUUAGUACGUAACAUACGUAAAUUAGUAUUCCUUCAUAACAAAUUUAUUUCAAACGUAGGAAUUAUACAGAGAAUUAACUAAGCGUCAACCAUACUAAUAAUCUCAGAGGAGUUUAUGUUAAUUUAAAGAAUAUAUGAACAAUUUAUAUGGAACGGUAAAAUACAGAUUAAUUCAAUGUUAUUUCAAACCAAAGUUGUUGACUUUAAGUAACAUAUUAUCAUGAUCUGACGCCGAAAUCCCCUUCAAAAUCCCCAACAAGAAAGCAUGUCCUAAAUAAUUAGGAAAGAAAACAGCUAGCUACAGUACAAAAUGUUAAUACAAAUUUUAAAAUAUAACAAUUCUAGUUGACUAAUUUUUUUAAUUGAUCUUUUUAAAAACAGAUUUUUAAAUUUUUUGAUACCUUUGGACUAUGCAUUUCGAUGUACGUUUUGGAAAUAUAAAACAUAAUGGGGUAAUUUUAUAUACUAUUUGGUAUCAAAUUUUAUAUUCAUCAAUAUAAAUUAAGAAAAAAAUAUAUACAUAGAUACUACCAGAAUGAGUACUAUAGAUUCUCUUACAGAAAACGUUCAGGUUGCCAAAAUAAAAAACGAAGAAAUAAAAAAAAAACAAAAAAAAAAAAAACCAAACAAAAAACAUUAACGUGUUUGUAAAUAUUUGAUAUGUCAUUAUGGAUGUAAUCUUAUUAAAACUAUCUAUUGUUCAAACAA